AUGAAGUCUUCUAUAUUCAACAAUGAUCCCGUAGAUCGGAGAAGAGGUCUUCUGAAGUCGUCCUCGAACCUGUUGACGAGAGGCUUGAUCAAGUCGAGCAAGCCGGGGGCAGGCAACACCUCAAGCACAGCGUCAGCUACUUUGUCUACCUCCAAACAACCCUCUAGCCUCCAAAGGAGGGCGCAAUCCUCAAGUCCGUUCCCACAUAGCAGCCAUAGCUCGAUCUUUUCACCAAAACCUUCUUCAUCUUCCACAGCCGCUGUGGUGUCGUCGCCUAUUACAAGCGCAAGCUUGAACUCCAUACCGAAGUUUAGGAAGAAGCCGGCAGGUACCGCAGAUAAACUCUCUGCCACUCCAAGUGGUCACAUCACCCCCUCAAGCACGCCGUCGCUAGCUCCGUCAAUUGUUGUGACCAACCUUCAGACUGUGUCAUGGAACUUGGAUGAUAUGGUGCGGUCGUAUCAAGAGUACGGCUUGCUUCCACAACCUUUGUCUCCCUCAUUACCGGCAUCUUUCAAGAAUCGCAAUAUACCCACACCCUCCUCCAAUGGAGCGCUAAGUGACGAUAACGAUGAUAUUCCGUUGUCUAUGUUGUCGCCUACGUUACCGUCGAUAUUUGACAUUGGAAGUACUGCUGCAUCGACUGCUCACAACAGCAACAACAACAGCACAGUCGUGCUGCCGGUGCCUAAAAGAGUACGGCCUACUUCAAGCAGCAAUCCCAAUCCAUUGACAAGCAAUUUCACCGGUAAAGUUCGUACUGUCAGGAAGAAUAUUGACCAGGAAAAUGAGAAAUACUUUGUUCAAAUCACCUUCUCAACCAGUUUGAAGAAGAAGCUUAACGAUAUGAACAAGGUGGUUAAAGUAACCACUAGGCCCAUUGCAGGACUAGGGAUUUCAAUUGAUAGGAAGGACAACGAUUCUAUAGGGGAAAGUAGAUGGGAUAGAGAAAGAGAAAGAGAAAGAGAGAGCAAGGUACGAGAAAGAGAAGAAGAACGAGAAAAAGAACAAGAGAGAGAAAGAGAGCGUGAAAGAAGAGAACGAGAAAGACAAAGAGAGAAAGAAAGAGAGAGAGAAAGAGAGAGAGAAAAAGAGAAAGAAAGAGAAAAAGAAAAGGAAAGGGAAAGAGAAAGAGAAAGAGAGAAAGAAAAGGAGAGGGCUAGGACAAGGGAUAGAGAUAGUGAGAGAGAUAGAGAAAGAGAGAGAAGAAAGCAAAUGGAAAAGGAAAAAGAUAGGGAAAAGGAGAAUCAUGCUAACAAUCUUGAAUCUCAAUCUUCUAAACCCACGAAUAAAGAUGAAGCUGGUCUUCAGGACUACAAGGCCAAAUUACUCCACCGCAAAAACUAUUGGCUCCAAAUGGCAAAGGAAACGAAGAUGAAGUCAAAAGAUCUACAAGGUUCUGAUAAAUUGUUCAACUCGGUUAUAGUACGAUUCGAUUCUAUUUUACUCUAUAUGAUAGCAUAUGACUAUGAGGAAAAGCUGAAGCUUGCAUCAGAUGUUUUACCACUGGAAAGGUACUGGAAUGUUUUGAUGCAAGAUUGUAAGGAGCUAAUUGAACUCAUUAGCUCCAUAGUUCCGAAUACGACUAAGCUGUCACCGGCUCUGGCACAAGUGGAAAAAUCUGUAUUUCAUGCUUUAAUAGGUAUUUUAUAUCUAGCAAGAGGGAUUGUCAUUAAGAGAAUCAACGCUAUCUUGCAAAGAGUCAUUCGUCUGUACAUUGAUAAAAAGAAAACAGACGAAGAACCUAAAAAACAUGAAUUGAACAAUAAGAUUAUUGAACUUCAGCAACAGUAUAUCAGCAAUUUUGAUUUGAUUAAAAAGGAGUUUGAAUCUUCUGAGCGUUAUCAUUUAUCAAUUAUAUUGAAAUCAUGUUUUCCCAAGAGCUGGAAUAACAGAUUGAAAGAUAUACCUUCAUCCUCCAUUGAUUCAAAAAACACUUCUCCAGAAGCAGCAGGCUUUGUUCCUGGGAAUGACAAGUACUAUUUACCAAUUGGAAUUUAUUCCGAAUUACAAGAGGUUGGUGGGCUAAUCUUUAAUAGCGUCAAGGAAGGUAUGGAAAUUCUAGGGAAUAUAAAUCCCCAAAAGAAAGUUAUUUAUUAUUUGAAAUGUGGAUUGAAAGAGGGUUCCGAAUAA